AUGCAACAACACGAAUUCGAGCAACAUAUUUUGCAACAACAACAGCAGCAGCAGCUUAAAAUACCCACAUCUGGUGGCAUUGUGCCGGCUGUGGCAACAACAAUUCAGCAGCAACAACAUUUCUACACGCCGGCCACCAUCAGCUAUACCCAACAUCCAUCAGCGAUGGCCACAGCAAAAGCCUUGACAAGCCAAUCGAGCCAAUUAUUUCAGGCCACACCCACAACCCAUAUAGCAGCAACAAUACCACAUAUCUAUCAUACCUCACCACACCAACAACAACAGCAGCAGCAACAACAACAACAAUAUCAACAGUUACAGUAUACAACUGCCAAUACAACAGCAUACCAAAGUGGCCAUCAACAGCACACUGUUCAUCCCCACCACCACCAACACCAUCAUCACCAGUCUUUACAUCAUCUAACCUCACCCUACUCUCCAUCGGCUGCCUCAACAUCAUCCUCCGCCUCGUCGUCCUGUUCGAAAGCCUGCUCACCCACACUGUCCAACACCACGACACACUCAACGACAUCCACAGCAACAAUACCCACACCGAUGGCAGCUAAUUAUUUGCCUUUAGCCGCAGCAACAACAGCUCCCCUGCCACCCUCGACCACAACCAAUUUCCUAAAGGCCCCGCCACCACCACCGCCCCACAAUGCUGCAACCGCCAUGACUUUAGCCAUUGCCACCCAGGCCCCACUCGUCUUGGGCUGUUCCACCCUGUCCAACAGCAGUUACAGUACGAAUUGCAUUCCAAUUUUGACAACGCCGCCAGAUGUUAGCGCCCUGACAGCCGCUCAUCAUCAUCAGCAGCAGCAGCAACAUCACCAUCAUCAUCAAACCGGACAUGCGACAGCAACAGCCUUUAUAUAUCCGGCAACUGCGCAACCGCAACAUUAA